ACGACGGCACGAUGACAAGAAGCACGGGGAAGGAAGAAGGAAGGAGACCGCCCGCCAUUGGCGUGAAGUCGACUUCUGGAAUCUAAACCGCAUAUCGGCCGAUAGAUUCCCCAAGCCCCCCAACGCUCCGCGAACCAGAAACAGAGAACAUGGCAUUGACCCGUAGUUGCGCACGCAAACUGUUCAUUCCCUCUCUCUUCUCCUCUUCCAUUUUCUUUGUUUUCCGCUUCUCUUACUUUCCACGAAAUGCUCGAUUUUUCAUGCGACCAUCAUAAAGUUUGAUCGAAAAGGAACCCGACCCACUUUUCAUUUUCUUUGUUCUCUGUUGUUUUGUUGUUGUUCUUCUUCUUCUUCGGAUCUUAUUGACUGUUUCGGCUGAUCGCCCUUGUGGGAUCGCGCGAGAUACGCGCGCGGAAUCGAGUGGAGUUCGUGCGGGGUGGAAAGACUGCUUUUUGGGCAAGUUCGUGAGAUGGGAACUUGGAGCUCUGUUGAUGGGUCGGAUCGUGUGGGGUUUGUGGGAGGUUGAGCACGUGAGGAUCCCAGCUUCUCUCGCAAUUACGGGUCUUGGUCAAUCCAUCGGUCUUCGGCUCCCAUCGUUUGUGGGUAGUGUUCAAUUUGAGUUUUUUUUUUAAACGUUUGACGUCUGCCGUAAGUAAAGGCUUUGAAGUCCUCGGACGACGCACUUCGAGCUUUAAUUGCUGUUUCUUGCGAAGUGUUUUCUGGUCCAGUGCUCGGCCCGGUCUGGACAGACAGACGUUUCUCGCGCGAUGAUAUUGGGUAAUCCCCUGUAUAAAAAAGUCGCGUCUUUGCCGAGUCUGUCACUAAAUUUGGCCUCAUCUCCAGCUUAUAAAAGCCCCUCUAGUAGUAUGCACUCAUGUUAGCUCCCAUUGCAUUGUCAUGCUUGCUUCGUAGCCAUCUAUGUCGAUCACCUGCUGCCUUCCCAUCGUCGAGUCAGUGUACUGUCUGGCGUGUGCCCGUUGGCUGUGGAAGAAAUGCCUCUACUCGGCAGGCCACGAGAGCGAGAACUGGGGGCUUGCUACGGCGGAAGAAUUUGCGCCCGUACCUCGCCUUUGUCGCUAUGUUCUAGCUGAAUACGAGGAAGAUCUUCGUAAUCCAAUAUGGGCGCCCCCCGGAGGGUAUGGGAUCAACCCGGAUUGGGUCGUGCAUCGUAAGGACUAUGACGAGACACUAGGCCGUGCUCCUCCUUACAUGCUGUAUAUGGAUCAUGAAAGAAGGGAUAUUGUGUUGAUCAUUAGGGGACUCAAUUUAGCGAAGGAAAGUGAUUAUGCAGUUUUGCUGGAUAAUAAACUGGGACAGACAAAAUUGGACGGUGGGUAUGUCCACAAUGGGUUGUUAAAGUCAGCUAUGUGGGUAUUUGAUGCUGAGUGUGAGGUUCUAAAGGAAUUACUCGAGAGUUUUCCAGAGUAUACCCUCACUUUUGCUGGACACUCCCUUGGGGCAGGGGUGGUGGCCCUGUUGACUAUUGUGGCGGUCCAGAAUCGAGAGAAAUUGGGAAAUUUUGACAGGAAGAGGAUUAGAUGUUAUGCUAUUGCUCCUGCUAGGUGCACAUCACUGAAUUUGGCUGUGAGAUAUGCAGAUAUAAUCAAUUCCGUUGUUUUGCAGGAUGAUUUUUUGCCUCGGACAACAACUGCCUUGGAGGAUGUUUUCAAAUCCGUUCUCUGUUUGCCAUGCUUAUUAUGCCUUAUGUGCUUGAAGGAUACGUGCAUCCUGGAAGAUCAGAUGCUCAGAGAUCCAAGGAGGUUGUAUGCUCCUGGACGAUUAUAUCACAUCGUUGAGCGAAAGCCUAUGAGGUUAGGAAGGUUUCCUCCUGUUGUGAGGACAGCAGUUCCUGUGGAUGGGAGGUUUGAGCAUAUUGUCAUUUCUUGCAAUGCAAUGUCUGACCAUGCUGUCAUUUGGAUUGAAAGAGAAUCUCAAAGGGCUCUCGAUGUAAUGCUGGAGAGAGAUAAGACGAUGGACAUACCAGUGAGCCAGAGAAUGGAGCGGCAAGUGUCUGUUGUGCGCGAACACGAUGAGGAAUAUAAAGCCGCACUUCAGAGGGCAGUUGAUUUGGAUAUUCCUCUGGCUUACCCACCUACUUAUGGUACAUUUGAUGAAGUAGAAGCAGAGAGUUCUGAAAGAUCCAGAGAGGAACCUCCAUUGUUAUCAUCCAGUGAAAGGAAAGAAAGUUGGGACGGUUUUGUAAGGCGCCUCUUUCAUGUCAAUGACUCUGGCCAAAUGGUGUUCAAGAUAUCAUAGUUUUGUACAUUGAAUUUGCAAGUGUCUCAGACAACAAAACCCAUUCUUUCAUUCAAAUUGAUGUCCCUUUCCUAUGUAUUUAGAUUAUUCUAUGAUAGAAGGUCAGUUUUGGUCUUUAA